ACCAAUUGUUUGCACAGAUAGUUGCGAUCUAGGAGUGGCUAACGGAGGCCAACUCUAGCAUAUACGGCCGGGCUGGGCUCCGACUCUCCUCAACUCGCAUAUUCCUGUCGCAAUUGAAAACAGAUCGCUCUUUUUUUCUAAAAAAAGAAAAAACAGAUCGCUCGAUGUCGACGUCCUCGUCGGCGAAUCAGUUGCGCCCUCCGCCUGUACCGGCUGGCUCCGCCACCGGCCCUGACGAGGCGUCUCCAUGGACGUCCCUCCCCGCGGAUCUGGUUCGCCUGGUCGGCUGGCGAGUGCUUGCCGGAGAUCUGCUCGACUACGUCCGCUUCCGCGCAGUCUGCACGCACUGGCGGUUCAGCACCGUCUGUCCCCGUGGCCGUGGCAUUGUGGAUCCGCGUUUUCACCCAGGCCGAUGGACGGUGCUGCCCGAGGGACAUGGAUUAGACUCUGACGACAAGGGCAAGAGACGCUUAUUCAGCCUCUCCACCGGAGUUUCCGUUUGCCCUCGACUUCCAAACGACUAUCGCAUCCUUGAUUCGGUCGACGGGAUCCUCCUACUGCAGCGGCGGCAGCGACAACACGAUCAAGGUAGCAUCCGUCUUUUCAACCCCUUUACCAGCGACAUUGUGGAGCUCCCGCCGCUCGGGUCCGUCGUGUCAGAUUCGAAACUCCACUUGAGUUCCCAUGAGAUAUCUACUCAUGUGGUACCUGGCGGCGUGGUCACCUCCUUGACGGUGAGCUCGGAUGGAGCCGCUGCAGUGAUGAUCUGGCUUGUAGAAUUAUCACGCGUCAUCUUUGCUACCACCAAGGACAAGCAAUGGAGCCAGUCGACCCAGAGGUUCUUUUGGACCAGGAGGCCUGUAUCAUUUCAAGGAAAAUUAUACAUCUUAUCUUAUGACCAACCUAGCCAUGCACAUCAGGUUCUCCAGAUGGGCCCGCCCAUGCAUGAGCAUGGGACAACCUCGGGGUUAGGUUCUCCUUUCUUACCGCCAUCACAGUUGAUUGCCACAUGUCCAACGAUGAAAAUCUCCGACGGUAUUGGCUUAGCAGAAUGUGACUCAGAGAUUUUGGUCAUAGCCUACAAAGAUUCUACACACACGCAUAUGGUGGUUUAUAGAGUAACUGAUCUUAUCGUCGGCAAGGUUAUCCCGGUGACAAACAUCGGAGGCAAAUCUGUCUUCUUUGAUACCGAAACAAGUAUGCAAACUGCAAAUAAUGGGGUGAUUCCUACGAUCACGAGCGACACCAUUGUGCUUCGGCGGCAUCACGAGAGAUGUCACCCUUGGCAGUACCACCUUGAUAGCGGCACUUGGUCGCCAACAACACACCCCAUGAGCCAUUGUGGCCUCAUUUGCCAUAUAUAUGACUGUUGUGGUUGUACACUGCGCGCCCAUGCCGGCUGGACUGUCAGGGGUAGUAUGACCAAAGGAUCGAAGCAGCUGUAGCAAGAGAGGAGGCUCAACCUGGAUUGAAAGUGAAGAAGUGGUCGUCACUACUCUUAAUACUCUUAAUAGUAGUGAUGACUUCUCUUUGAAAGCCUUCUCAAAAUGAAAUUCUAUGGCAGCAGCGUUGUUUACCUAUCCGACACUUGCUUUUCUUUUUAUCGGCCUCUAGCUACUGGGGAUGAUUCUUAUGGAUGCUUGGGGCCAGUUCUUUCGGACAGUGGCUUUUGCAUAAGCUGCUAUGGAAAUAAGCCUCAUAUAAGCUGUUCUGGAAAUAAGUCCAUGAGAAUAAGCCAUCUUUUGUCUGUGCUUAUUUGCUAUGUUCUGUGAUGAAAAGUACCCCUAAACUGUACAUGUAUGACCUAUAUUUUGUAAUUUACGUUGUGUUUAUAGUAGCAGCAACUUGGACAACUUCAUUCAUAUUCUCUUUCAUUUUUAGCAAAGGUAUUCUUACUGCCAACUUGCAAAACGGCUAGCAGGACCAAAUCAAACAACAAUCAAACUGCUAGUGCUU